AGUGAGUGUGGCUAGUUGUAAGAAAGUUAGUGGAGUACUCAGUACCUCAGCCUGGCUCUCUCCCCCUGACACCCCCUGGUUGCCCCUGGUAAGCAGAUUCCUUUGCCCCAGGAUGAGUGUGGCUUUUGCAAGUCUGCAGUCAGUGGAAGACAAGCAACUGCCCAUAGUCUCAGAAAUGGCUCUGGAGGAUCUAAGACCACUUAGUGAAUUGGGUUACACCAUGAUUGAGACUUCUUGCAUCAAGAAAGAAGAAGAUGACCUGGGUAAAUUUGUGGACUUAGACUUUAUCUUGGCUCAUACAACUAGUUCUCAGAAUGGGGGGACUCCAACCCAAGGCUCCACUUACCCCCUGCCUGAGACUCCUGAGAGCUGCAGCACCACUUAUGACAGUGAUGGGUCCUACACUAACCAUAAAUAUGGAGGGGGGACCUUUACCAGCAGCCCCCACCACAGCUAUGUGGCUGAGCUGAUGACUCCUGAUGUGCCCUGUAUGGAUUUGCCACCUGAAUAUGGACUUAAAACUGCCAUGCACAACAGGAAAUACACAGAACUGAGGGUAACUAACAUGGAUGCCCAUGUGCACCUCUCUCCAGAACAGCUCCAACAUUUAGGGCACAAAAUUAAAAAGGAGCGCCCUGAGCAAUCUUGUAUGAUGAGCUCCCCUUCCCCUACCUCUCCCAGCUGCAUGGGACCCAUGAUGGACCAAAAGACGGGCAUCAUGCAUGUUCAGAUGCAAGGUCAGAGCUUUGCCCAGCACAGAGUGAGCCCCCCUCUGGUGCCCAUCGAGGAAAUGACCCUGAGUGACUGUCACAUGAUGACCGACCUGCACUGCCUGUCUAUCAUGCCCAUGAACCAGCACUACCAGAUCACAGCCCAGUACCAACCUCACUUUGCCAACCAGUCCCCCGCCCAGUUCCAUGGACAGUUUGGGGUGUACAGGGACCCCAUGAAAGUGCACCCAGCCAUGCAUGGCAUGAUAGUCACCCCCCCAUCCUCGCCCCUGAUAGAGUUCUACCCAACCAUGAACCCCCCCGAUGACUGCAAACCAAAGAGGGGUCGUAGGUCCUGGGCAAGGAAGAGGACUGCCACCCACAACUGCGAGUACCCUGGAUGUGGCAAAACCUACACCAAGAGCUCCCACCUCAAGGCGCACAUGAGAACCCACACAGGUGAGAAGCCUUAUCACUGUAACUGGGAAGGAUGUGGAUGGAAAUUUGCCAGAUCUGAUGAACUUACUCGCCAUUUUCGCAAACACACUGGCCACAGGCCUUUCCAGUGCCACCUGUGUGAGCGAGCGUUUUCCAGGUCCGACCACCUGGCCCUCCACAUGAAGAGACACAUGUAGACACGAAGCCAGUGCCGGAGAGCUAUGAAGGAGAUUUGUACAUACACACAGUAAUAUAUAUAUAAAGGACUAUUUAAAGAAAUUUAAUAUUUUCUUACAGGGGUCUCUGUACAUAGCAUUGGGUCUGUAAAUUUGCUAUUUAAAGAAAAGUCAAAACCUGAUAGAAACCAAACCAAAAAAAAAACAACAAACAAAAUAUAAUAUUUAAAAAGCAGCAUUAUAAUAUGUUCAGGGAUAUUUUAUUUCUCUGUAUUUGUACAGUAUUUGUAAAAAGAGGUUUUGUUUUGUAUGCUUGUUGCGUUUUUGUAAGGUGCAUUUUAAUGUGCUGGCUAAUCUGGAAGGUUACAGCUGUUUGAUAAACUCUUGUGCUCUUAAAUUACAAGUGCAAUUUACUAAGCCAUGCGAUGAUUGUCAUAUUGCUCAUGUAUACAGCUGACUGAGAAAUGGCGACACCUAGUGGAUUUUUUUGUGCGCUGCGACUGUAUAUAUAUUUUCAAAGAGCUCGUUUUGCAAAGUGCACUGUUUUUACCAUUUUACAAAACUUUGUAAUUUUCUGUUUAUAUGAAUUAUCUGACCAGAUUUUUCUUUUCCCUUUGAAAGGGAUAUAAUAGGUACUGUUGCAAAUGCUUUGUUUAAAAAACAUUGUAAAAACCUGUAUAAUAAAGUUAUUUGUGAAAAUUUA